GAGGCGGGCGCGGCUCCGCUCCGCUCGCACCGGGGCAUGCGCCCGCCCGGGGCCCCGCCGCGGCGGAGCCCGAGCCCGGGGCCCGGCCAGCUCGGUGCCCACGGGGGAUGGUGUAAGCGAAGCCCGGAGCCGCGCUCUGCAGCCGUUCCCCCCCCUCCCGUCUCUGCUCCCCAGAAGCUGCCGAGGAUGGAGCCCGUUCCCCGCAGCCCCGGCCCUGCCUGGCCGCUGACCUACCUGGUGCUGCUCUCCUUGCCAGGUGUGGGUGCCCAGGUGAGUGAAGGCUUCCAGCUGGAGCAGCCUCAGGACAAGGUGUCAGUGACAGCAGGGGAAACACUCAACCUGACCUGCAUCUCAUCUGGAUAUGGUCCCGCUGGCCCCCUGAAGUGGCUGAAGGGCUGGGGCAUGGGGAAUGAGACUGUUUAUGACCAGAACGGCGUGUUCCCCCGUGUGACCAGGGCAGAGCCUGGAUCCAACACAGAUUUCAGCAUCUACCUCCGGGAUGUUGGCCCCGAGGAUGCUGGCACCUAUUACUGCAUCAAGUUCCGCAAACGGUUUGGUGUGGAUGAGGUGUUCCAGCACGGGAAGGGCACGGAGGUGUCUGUCCGUGCCAAACCCACCCCCCCGGUGGUGUCUGGGCCCCAGCACAGAGUGGGGCCGGGGCAGUCGGUGUCCGUCACCUGCGUGUCUGGAGGGUUCUACCCCGAAAACAUCGCCGUGAGGUGGUUGAAGGACGCGGCCUCCAUCUCCGCUCAGCAGCCCCGGGUCACCCCCGGGAGGACAAAAUCCUCCUACGACAUGUCCAGCUCGGUGACGGUGACGCUGCAGGAGGAGGACGUCCGCUCGCAGCUCGUCUGCGAGGUGCAGCACCCCACGCUGAGGGCCCCGCUGAGGGAGACCUUCCAGCUCAGCAAGGUCCUGCGAGUGCCCCCCAGAGUGCGUGUGGUGGCCGAGCCCCCCGGCCCCGUGGAGCCGAACGGGACGGUGACCUUCUCCUGCCAGCUGGAGGGGUUUUACCCGGGAGAGGUGUCCGUCACCUGGCUGGAGAACGGGAUGGAGAUGAAGGUGGAGAACGUCUCGCGGGCGGUGGAGACGCGGCGGGGGUUGUUUGAACUGAGGAGCCAGGUGGAGCUGCAAGCCACGGUGGAGAGGAACGGGUCGGUGUUCACCUGCAGAGUGGUGCACGAUGGGCAGGAGCCCCUCAGCGAGCUGGCUGCACUGCGGGUCACUGUCCCAGCCCAGGAGGGCACCGGCGGACAGACCCAGGGAGAGGAUGACAAGUUGCGCCUCAUUUAUAUCGUGGUGGGAGUGAUCUGCACUGUGCUGGCACUGCUGGUGGCUGCAACUCUUUACCUCAUCCGGGCAAAGCAGAGCAAGGGUAAAAGCUCACCGUCUGCUAGGUUACAUGAGCCUGAGAAAAGCAGCGAGGCCACUACCCAGGAAUCCGACCCCAACAACCUGACUUACGCGGACCUGAACUUCGACAAGGAGCGGAAGCCGAUCCGCAGGAUGGUGGAGCUGAGCCAACAGUCAGACUACGCCUGCAUCCAGAGCAGCCCCGCGCCCACCGGCGACGACAACCUCACCUACGCUGACCUGGACAUGGUGCACCUCAGCAAGGCACCCAAACGGCCAGCCCCUGGCCCCGAGGAGGCCAGCUCCGAGUAUGCCAGUGUCCAGAUCCCGAGGAAGUGAGCGGGGACCCCCUUGCCCCUCAGGGAGCCACCCUGCUCCUCCCCAGGAGGAAUUCUCCUGGCAGCACUGAAAGCGAUGUGAAGAUGGGCUGUGGUACCCACGGGGUGGAAACGGAGCUUGUGAUGCUGGGGGGGUCAUCUCCCAUCUGCAGAGACCUGGUUUUUUUGGUUUUUUUUUUGGAGGCAGCUUGGUCCUGGGGCUUCCAGCUCCAUCCCUUUGGGAUCCCACUCAGCUCGGCGUGCUGGGUUUGCCUGCCAGCAGGUCCAGUGGACCAGAGGCUCCUCGGGAAGCUCCGCCUGGGCAGAGGGAUGGGGACAGUGCCUCCCUGCCAGCUCCAGUGAGGAUGCUGCUGCUGCCCGGCCAGGCUUGCACGGCUUCCCACGGCCACCCUGGCCCCACUGGAGCCCCCACACUGCCUUCUGGGGCUCCCUGCCUCCGGCGCCUGGAAAACAAACUCUGGCUUUAAAGGACGGAAGCGUCCGCCUCUCUCUUCCCAAGUGUCCCUUCUGCGGGACCUCUGUCUCGCACCAAGGCCAACGAGGCUGGGCAGGCCACUGAGCUGAGCCUCCCACCAUGGGCUUUCCUGUCCUGCCACCCAGGGAGGCUCCUGGGAAAGCUCCCUGGUACCCAGCAUCUUCUUCCUCCUCCUCCUCCUCCUCUGCACAGCCUUGCCCUACCCUGGGACCCAUCGGUGCUGCCCCAGGUUUGUACACAGGGUGCAGCUUUGCAGGUGCCCCCACCAGCCCUGGUUCCACCCCCCGCAGCCCCGGGAGCUCCCUGCAGGUACCGUGUAACAUGUUUUGACUGUUUGACAUGUAACUGUUAAUUUCUAGAGCUAAAAACCCCAAUGUUUUGUGUUGUACGUGGGUGUGCUGCUGUGUACUUAACACUAGAGUAAGAUGUGCAGAAUCAAGACCGAGGCCUCAGUGAAGACCCCUAAAACCUGUAGAUUUUAAGAGACUCACAUGACCCCUUCCCAGCUCUGUGGGGGGGUGGCAGCAUGCUCCCCCCAGCCCUCCUGUGGGGACAGAUGUCUUCCCUGUGUCCCCUCCCUGGGCUACAGCACAGGGCCAGCACCCUGUGCUGGCUCCCACAGCACCAGUGGCCUUGCAGGAGUGGGACUGUGUUCCCCCAACCCUGGCUGCUGGGGGGGGGGAAUUGUCUAUGGAGGAAGGGGCCUGGUGAUGCUUUGAGAGCGAUGUGACUGCCUGUACAGACCUUUUUUUGUUUUGUUUUGUUCUUUUCUUUUUGCUUGCAAGAUAUUUUUAUAAUAAAAGUGAAAAGUCCUGUGCUGCUCCCG